GUUGUCUUUGCUGUACUGCUUAUCAGACGUCGGCCAUGUAUCCGUUACGUCCUCAAAGAGUUACAUGAAAAAGCCUGACAAUAGAAUUAGCCCCGCGCGCAGAGCAUCGUGUCCCGGCCUGUGGAUAACAACGAGCACACGAAUAAAAAAUGCUGGAUUUGUUCAAGUCCCUUGCAUAUUUCUGAGAUUCUGAUUGAACAGGGAUCUGUUAUAACAGGGUUUUUUCUCUGGUCCCAGGAUCCCUGUACUACUACUACUAGAUCUAGAAUCUAGUAUACAUCAUGUACUAUUACAUGUAUUAUAGGCAAGCAAGGAGUUUAGAACUACUGCACUGAAAACUCCUUGAUUAUAAGCCUACUACUAGAUCUACAAUACUGUUGCUGCAACCGCUGCAGAUGCUGUUAGAGAUGUGGCUGCUAUCUUUAUUAUUUUGCUGUUGUUUUUGCAGCUGCAGUUGUUAGUGCAAAUUACACUGAGUUUGCUGAAGUGAAGCCUUUAGUGUGAUAGUGUUGUUGAAAAAUGAAUAAAAUAUAAAAUUAAUAAAGGCUACAGUCAUUAAUUAAAAUUUGUUAUCCCAAAGCCAAAGCAUAACAUUAUUACAUUCGCUGGUAAUAUAGAAAAAUCUGGGCAUCCAACAUCGGUAACAUUGUAAAACUAGGCUAGAAUUCAAAUGAUGUGAAACGAACUUUUUUUUAGACUAUCACAGCCAGCAGUCUAUCAUCAGAAGCCUUGUGAAGCCCUCACCAUGGCAACACUUUUGUCAAAUGCAAGCCAAUUUGCUCCUGCUGCAGUUAGAUUAGGGACUACAUGCUGUGCUUUCAGCACAACCUCAAAAUUACUAGAGGUUCGUCUGCUAUCCAGGAUGAGAAUCGUGGACAAUAGUGCCAUUGGCAGAGCUGCUGCAGAGAUAGGAAAACCUCCACGUGUUAUUCACGUCUAUAACAAGAAGCAGGUUGGACAUCUUGGAGACAAAGUGCUGGUGACCGUUAAGGGCGAAAUGCGGAGAGCCUAUAUUGUUGGACUCAAGCAAAAGCAAAGACCAAAUGUUCCCCGCACGGAUACGAACAAUAUUGUUCUUGUGGAUGACAACGGUAACCCUCUUGGAAAUCGUGUUUUGGUGCCAAUUCCUUCAGCAUUGCGUGCUAAUAAGAAAGGAGACCUUACAAAGGUUUUGUCCUUAGCCACAAAAUUUGUAUGAUUAUGUGUGUUUGCUUUCUAGAUUAUAAAAUUGUACACACCCACA